CGACUAUAAAGCUGGUUGUGCCUUCACCCUCACCCUGAAGGUGACAGUUUCUUGGAGCAUUCCCUCAUCUUCUUUGGGGUCCCGGCUCCAGAGGCUACUCUUCCCAGCUCAGUUCAGCACCUCCUCACAGCCACAGCAGCCACCUUGCCAUCUGUAUGCUGACCAUGUUUUCUGUGAUUGGACUCUCCAUCCCCGUCUCAGCCACAGAGCUUCUCCUGGCCUCCACUGUCUUCUGCCUGGUAUUCUGGGUGGUCAGGGCCUGGCAGCCUCAGGUUCCCAAAGGCCUAAAGAGCCCACCAGGGCCCUGGGGAUGGCCCCUGCUUGGACACAUACCGACCUUGGGGAAGAGCCCACACCUGGUGCUGUCGAGGCUGAGCCAGCAUUAUGGGGACGUGCUGGAGAUCCGCAUUGGCUGCACACCUGUGCUGGUGCUCAGUGGCCUGGACACCAUCCGGCAGGCCCUGGUGCAUCGGGGCGAUGAUUUCAAGGGCCGGCCUGACCUCUACAGCUUCACCUUCAUCAAUGAUGGCCAGAGCAUGACCUUUAACCCAGACUCUGGACCAGUGUGGGCUGCCCGCCGACGCCUGGCCCAGAAUGCCCUGAAGAGUUUCUCCAUCGCCUCAGACCCAGCUUCCUCAUCUUCGUGCUACUUGGAGGAACAUGUGAGCAAGGAGGCUGAGGUCCUUAUUAGCAAGUUCCAGGAGCUGAUGGCAGGGGUUGGACAUUUUGACCCCUACAGGUAUAUAGUGGUGUCAGUGGCCAAUGUCAUCUGUGCCAUGUGCUUUGGUCAGCGCUAUGACCAUGAAGACCAAGAACUACUUAGUCUAGUCAACCUGAGUAAUGAGUUUGGGGAGGUGACUGCUUCCGGAAACCCAGCUGACUUCCUUCCUAUCCUCCGUUACCUGCCCAACCCUACCCUGAGUGUCUUCAAGGACCUGAAUAAGAAGUUCUCCAUCUUCAUGCGGAAGAUGGUUAAGGAACACUAUAAAACAUUUGAGAAGGGCCACAUCCGGGACAUCACAGACAGCCUGAUCAAGCACUGUCAGGACAAAAGGCUGGAUGAGAAUGCCAAUAUCCAGCUGUCUGAUGAGAAGAUCGUUGGUAUCGUCAUGGACCUCUUUGGAGCUGGGUUUGACACAGUCACAACUGCCAUUUCUUGGAGCCUCCUGUACCUGGUGACAUGCCCCAAUGUGCAGAAAAAGAUCCAGGAGGAGCUCGACACAGUGAUUGGGAGGGCGAGGCGGCCGCGCCUCUCUGACAGAUCCCAGCUGUCCUACAUGGAGGCCUUCAUCUUGGAGACCUUCCGACACUCGUCCUUCGUCCCCUUCACCAUCCCCCACAGUACCACCAGAGAUACAAGUCUGAGAGGCUUUUACAUUCCCAAGGGGCGUUGUGUCUUUGUGAACCAGUGGCAGAUCAACCAUGACCAGAAACUGUGGGACAACCCAUCUGAGUUCCGGCCAGAACGGUUUCUCACCCCCACUGGUGCUAUCAACAAGGCACUGAGUGAGCAGGUGAUUCUCUUUGGCCUAGGCAAGCGGAAGUGCAUCGGUGAAACCAUUGCCCGCCUCGAGGUCUUUCUCUUCCUAGCCACCCUAUUGCAGCAGGUAGAAUUCAGCAUGCCAUCGGGCGUGAAGGUGGACAUGACCCCCAUCUAUGGGCUGACCAUGAAGUAUGCCCGCUGUGAGCACUUUCAGGUACACGUUCGCUCUUAGGGAGCUGAGAGUCCUGCAGAGCCACAUACCUGUAAAAGCUACUCAGACUUGUGUCUCUGGGGGUACUGGGAAGGGAGAAAGCCCAGUUAAGAUCAGGGCCACAGUGAGAUCCCCCUAUUUCCCAUACCAUCUUCCUCCCACCAGCCCUGAUCUAGUACAUGGACCUAAGUAAGGCCCCAAAUCUGUCUCCCUGGCCUGCCUGCCCAGAUGGGCCAGGGGUGGGCCCAGGGAGGUCUAAGCUUUGGCUUGAAAGCCACAGAUAUUGGACUGGCUGAUUUUUUGCUCUCUGGCUGUAGGCAAGCCUGAGGGAUCAUGCCUGCUUCCCACCCUGGACUUUCCUCUCUGCAUACUGAAUGCAGGCAGUGGUCACUAUAGGGGCCACACAGGAACUGAUGAAGCCUUCUGAAGCAGUGUUUGAGCUAGAAGGUCUAGUAAGGUUAGGAGGUUCUCUGGCUUCUGGAAACCUCUGAGGAACUCUUUGGAAGGCCUGGACCCAGCACCUAGCUGGCUCUCUGUGAGGUCUGGCUGGCUUGAGAAAUAUUUACAACAAGCUACAUCAAGUCCUGUUCAAUCUCUUUGACUAUUGGGAUCCAUCAAGAGUGAAAGGAAGAAGCAGCCCAUGAUUCUGGCACAGAGUCAGUCCCCCUACUUGAACAAGACUGAGGAAUCUGACCACAGGGGUCUGAGACACCGUUCCUGGGGACAUUGCCUUCCUCUGUGCAGGCAGGAACAGUAACGCCUCCUGGCUUUAUGAGGCUUCUGUUCCUGUCCAUGAGGAGCUGGGGACCUGUGUCUUAGAAGAGCACAGAGACAAGAACUAGGCGUCCUAUAACUAGGCAUCAGGACCAGAUAGGAGGUGGUAAUUCAAUCACCUUCUGUUGGUCUCCUUUCUCUAUACCCUGUACUAAUGUGUCUUUUAAAAAAUAUUUGUGUGCAAGGAGCUUUUCAUUUUAGCCUACAUUGUACUUGCAUGUUUGCACUUACCAUAUGUAAAAGCUUAACAAUUUAUUGAAUACAGUAGAGAAAAUUCAUACCCAUGUAUCCAGAAAUGUGUAGGAAACAUUUUCCUGAGCUAAAUAAAGAUAUUAUGCAGAAGUCCUA